CCUUACAGCGGCAAAAAUGGCCGGCUUAGAAAGUGUGUUUGUGCGGUUCUUGAAACCCAAGUAAACCUAAUUUUUUUGUCACAAUGUCUAUCAUCCGACCAGUUAUUAUACCGUGAUUUGCGAAAGCGAGCGAUUAUCUUUCUUGUAUUACUGUGUAUCAGUAAAGCAGCAUGACGUCCAUUAUCAAGUUGACGGCCCUGUCGGGGGUCCAGGAGGAAUCCGCACUCUGUUACCUACUACAGGUGGAUGAGUUCCGCUUCCUGCUGGACUGCGGAUGGGACGAGACCUUUUCCAUGGAAACCAUUGAUAUUUUGAAAAGGUAUGUCCACCAGGUGGAUGCUGUGCUCCUGUCCCAUCCUGAUCCCAUCCAUUUGGGGGCUUUGCCCUACGCCGUGGGGAAGCUUGGCCUCAACUGCACUAUCUACGCCACCAUCCCAGUCUACAAGAUGGGCCAGAUGUUCAUGUAUGACCUCUAUCAGUCUCGUCACAACACAGAGGACUUCAAUCUCUUCACGUUGGAUGACGUGGACUCGGCGUUUGACAAAAUCCAGCAGUUGAAGUACUCGCAGAUCGUCAAUCUGAAAGGGAAAGGCCACGGCUUGUCCAUCACCCCACUGCCGGCUGGCCACAUGAUUGGCGGAACUAUCUGGAAGAUUGUGAAGGAUGGGGAAGAGGAGAUUGUUUAUGCUGUGGAUUUCAACCACAAGAGGGAGAUUCAUUUGAAUGGCUGCUCACUGGAGAUGGUGAGCCGUCCUUCUCUGCUCAUCACUGACUCCUUCAACGCCACCUACGUACAGCCACGACGCAAACAGCGGGACGAGCAGCUUCUCACCAUUGUCAUGGGAACACUACGUGCUGACGGGAACGUGCUGAUCGCCGUGGAUACGGCCGGGCGAGUGCUGGAGCUGGCUCAGCUGCUGGACCAAAUCUGGAGGACCAAAGACUCUGGGCUUGGGGUCUACUCCCUCGCCCUGCUCAACAACGUCAGCUAUAAUGUGGUGGAGUUCUCCAAGUCCCAGGUGGAGUGGAUGAGCGACAAGCUGAUGCGCUGCUUCGAGGACAAGCGCAACAACCCCUUCCAGUUCCGUCACCUCUCGCUGUGCCACAGCCUGGCCGACCUGGCGCGCGUGCCCAGCCCCAAGGUGGUGCUGUGCAGCCAGCCGGACCUGGAGUCGGGCUUCUCGCGUGAGCUCUUCCUCCAGUGGUGCACCGAGGCCAAGAACUCAAUCAUCCUCACUUACCGCACCUCCCCCGGCACACUGGCCCGCUACCUCAUCGACAACCCUGGCGAGAAGAUGCUGGACCUGGAGGUGAGGAAGCGUAUGAAGCUGGAGGGGAAGGAGCUGGAUGAGUAUUUGGAGAAGGAAAAGACGAAGAAAGAGGCUGCCAAAAAGCUUGAGCAGGCGAAAGAGGUGGACGUUGACUCGAGCGAUGAGAGCGACAUGGAGGAUGACUUGGAGCAGCCUGCGGUGGUGAAGAGCAAACACCACGACCUGAUGAUGAAGGGCGAGGGCGCCCGCAAGGGAAGCUUCUUCAAGCAGGCCAAGAAGUCCUAUCCCAUGUUCCCCACCCACGAGGAGCGCAUCAAGUGGGACGAGUACGGAGAGAUCAUCAGGCCUGAGGAUUUCCUGGUGCCUGAGCUGCAGGCCACUGAGGAGGAGAAGAGUAAGCUGGAUAUGGGCCUGGCCAACGGGGACGAGCCCAUGGACCAGGACCUGUCCGACGUGCCCACCAAGUGCACCUCCAGCAUGGAGACCCUAGAGAUCAAAGCGCGCGUGACUUACAUCGACUAUGAGGGUCGCUCGGACGGCGACUCCAUCAAGAAGAUCAUCAACCAGAUGAAGCCGCGGCAGCUGGUGAUCGUCAACGGGCCCCCUGACGCCAGCCAGGAUCUGUCAGAGUCCUGCAAGGCCUUCAGCGGCAAGGACAUCAAGGUGUACACGCCCAAGCUGCAGGAGACGGUGGAUGCCACCAGCGAGACACACAUCUACCAAGUGCGUCUCAAGGACUCCCUGGUAAGCUCGCUGCAGUUCUGCCGCGCACGGGACACGGAGCUGGCCUGGGUGGACGGCGUGCUGGACAUGCGGGUGACGCUGGUGGAUACGGGCGUGCUGCCCGAGGAAGGAGGUGGCACCGCCACCGCCGCUGCCGCAGGCACAGAGGAGGGCGUGGAGGAUGGCGAGUUGGUCGCCAUGGAGACGGAGGCGGCGGGGGUGGGGGCCAUGGUGAUUGGGGUGGGCGGGUCAAGCGAGGCAGCGCAGCAGCGGGCCAUGAAGUCGCUGUUCGGCGAGGACGAGAAGGAGGCCGGCGAGGAGAGCGACGUCAUCCCCACCCUGGAGCCGCUGUCGACCAACGAGAUUCCAGGGCACCAGUCCGUGUUCAUCAACGAGCCGCGGCUGUCCGACUUCAAGCAGGUGCUCAUCAGGGAGGGGGUACAAGCUGAGUUUGUGGGAGGAGUGCUGGUCUGCAACAACCUGGUGGCCGUCAGGAGGACGGAGGCAGGUAGGAUCUGUUUGGAGGGCAUUCAGUGUGAAGACUACUAUAAGAUACGGGAGCUGCUGUAUCAGCAGUAUGCUGUGGUCUAGCAGGGCUGCCAGCAUAGGAUCCGUAUGCAACUCAAACACCUCUCUCUUUCAGUCACACACACACACACACACACACACACACACACACACACACACACACAUACAAACAUGGGACUACAUGUACCCC